AUUGGUUGCUGUAAUUUGACUUAAAAAAAGUUUUUGAAAUAAUACCAGAGUUGUGCGUAAAUAAUAAUUUAUUGAUGUCUGCAUGUGUUAUUAACUCAUUGAACAUAAUAAAUAAUAAUAAUUGUGCAGGGGUUAAUUAUUGGCUCUCUAUUUUACUAAACCGAAAAAUCAUUGCCAACCCCGAAGUGCGAAAAACUGAAAACGAAAAUGUUGUGACAUGUGUUUUACAUAAUUUCAUGGAAAAAAGUUAGGGUAAGCCCCCUUUAAUAAUAAUCUGGCACUGGUGCACAGGCAAUUUUAACAAAAUCCUCAUACCGCACCAAACUAUUAUUAUUAACAUUUGCCUCUCUGAAAAUCCGAUCAAUUUCCUUGGCUGAAAGACAUUCGCCCCAGUUUUGUAACAUGUGACGCAGCUGCUUGGCCGGAAUCACCCCUUUCCCGUCCGGGUCCCCAGCCUUGAAAGCAUCCACCACCUCCUUGGGCACAUUCUCCACUCGUGAAUGAAUAUGCAUAACCUCCAAGAAGUCAGCAAAGCUCAUUUUGCCAUUCUUUUGCUUGAAAUAACCUGCAAGCUCGGAGAUGGUGGGCGAGAGCCCCAGACUCCUCAUUAUCACUGUGAGUUCGUCUAGGGACUUGAUGUGCCCCGAGCGGGCGAAUAAGUAGAAACACUCGCGAAAUUCUGAAAGAUUUAUUAUCAUUAGAUUUUGGGGGCUACCACAGGGGGGUUUUACCGUCAAUGUCUUGCUCCUUGAAGUAGCGGGCCUGAAACAAGUUUGAUUAGAUGUGGGGACGACUUCAGACGGGUUUUUACCAUUUUUAGGGGCUUUUUUCUUGUAAAUAUUUACACGUCAAGUGUAUUGUUAUUAUCAAGGUGAAACAGGUGAAAGUACAGUUAGCGUCAUGAAAUUUGGCACAGAUUGGCUCGUCAUUAAUGAAUUAUUUAUUUUUAUCUCUGAUAUGAUAAUUUUAUCACUCAAUUGAGACAGAUAUUUUUUUUUUGGAGUCUCUGCAUUAGUGGCAACCCUAAAUCAGGGUUGUAAACCCCCCAAUUAUUCUUUUUUAUCGAUUUAUUUCUAACGAAAUUUAUUAACAAAUAAAGUUAUAUAACAAAACAUCCUCGUCAUUUGCGAUAGUCUUAUCACUCCACGCUUAGAUGUUGUUAAAUCCUCAUCCAAUUAAAAAAAGCUGACCCAAUAAUGCCUUGAUUAGUCUUCCAAAAAAUGGCUCGUAAAAGCCAUGACCCUAUUUCGAGACAGCUGAGCAACACUCAGAUUGUCCUUACUAGUCUGUGUGCCGGCGCCAUCGCCGGGGCCCUCGCCAAAACCACGAUAGCCCCCUUAGAUCGCACAAAAAUCAACUUUCAGAUCAGUAACAAACCGUAUUCGACUCGAAAAGCCUUCAAGUUUCUGCGUCAGACCUACCGCGAGCACGGGUUUCUAGCCCUAUGGCGGGGUAACAGUGCCACGAUGGUCCGUAUUGUGCCUUAUGCGGCCAUCCAGUUUACAGCACACGAACAAUGGAAGAAAAUACUCGAUGUAGACAAUACAAACAAGUCCCCCAGGAAAUUAUUUCUGGCGGGGAGUCUUGCGGGGGCCACUUCGCAGUCCCUGACGUAUCCAUUAGACGUAGCGAGAGCUCGAAUGGCUGUCACGAAUAAGCAAGAGUAUGCGACCCUAAGACAAGUUUUUUAUAAGAUAUUUUCUGAAGAGGGAAUUAUAGCGUUUUAUAAGGGGUAUAUACCUACCAUUGCGGGGGUUGUGCCUUAUGCAGGGGUUUCAUUUUUUACUUACGAUACCUUGAAAAUGCUCUAUAGAGGUAAAAGAAGCGACUGUAGCCAAUUUUUUGUAACUUUGUCUUUUCUAGAAUAUACAAAUUUAGAUUGUGAUGCUCAUUUAAAUCCUGUUAUUAGUCUCGGUUUUGGGGCUAUCGCAGGAAUGUUGGGUCAGUGUAGUAGUUAUCCGUUAGAUAUUGUAAGAAGACGAAUGCAGACUGAUACUCAAGGAAAAUACAAUUCAAUAAGAUCAACUCUUAAAAUUAUUUAUAAGGAAGGAAUAAUCGGUGGUUUUUACAAAGGUUUGUCCAUGAAUUGGAUUAAAGGCCCCAUUGCUGUUGGGAUAAGUUAUUCAAGUUAUGAUAACAUCAGAAACACAUUACGUCAAUUAACAGCGAAAUAUAAUAGAAAGUUUUUGUAGUAAUUUUUAUAUAUUAUUAUAUUACAAUUGUUUUUUAUCGGAA